AUGGCGUGUCCCACCGCUGCCCUUAACCAUUGCCGCAACCCGGCUCUGCCCGUAACAACCGCCGCAACUGCCGUGAACGUCGGCCCCAUCCAGCCAACUAUGCCGUGUCCCACCGCUGCCCUUAACCAUUGCCGCAACCCGGCUCUGCCCGUAACAACCGCCGCAACUGCCGUGAACGUCGGCCCCAUCCAGCCAACUAUGGCGUGUCCCACCGCUGCCCUUGACCAUUGCCGCAACCCGGCUCUGCCCGUAACAACCGCCGCAACUGCCGUGAACGUCGGCCCCCAUCCAGCCAUCUUCCCCACCGUUGCCCUUAACCAUUGCCGCAACCCGGCUCUGCCCGUAGCAAUUGCCGCAACUGCCGUGAACGUCGGCCCCAUCCAGCCAACUAUGGCGUGUCCCACCGCUGCCCUUAACCAUUGCCGCAACCCGGCUCUGCCCGUAGCAAUUGCCGCAACUGCCGUGAACGUCGGCCCCAUCCAGCCAACUAUGGCGUGUCCCACCGCUGCCCUUAACCAUUGCCGCAACCCGGCUCUGCCCGUAGCAACUGCCGCAACUGCCGUGAACGUCGGCUCCAUCCAGCCAACUUCCCACCGUUGCCCUUAA